AUGUCCGUCCCAAAGACCCAGAUGGCCAUGGUGUGCGAGAAGUCCGGCGGCCCUGUGGUUUACAAGGAGAUCCCCGUCGAGGAGCCCAAGGCCGACGAGAUCUUGAUCAACGUCAAGUACUCCGGUGUGUGCCACACUGACUUGCACGCCGUCAACGGCGACUGGCCCCUGCCCACCAAGCUCCCGCUCGUCGGUGGCCACGAGGGUGCCGGUGUUGUUGUUGCCAAGGGCAGCUUGGUCGACGACUGGGAGAUCGGUGAGGGCGCUGGCAUCAAGUGGAUCAACGGCUCUUGCUUGCAGUGCGACUUCUGCCAACAGGCCGAUGAGCCUCUUUGCGCGAAGGCCCUCCUCUCCGGAUACACUGUUGAUGGGUCCUUCCAGCAAUACGCCAUUGCGAAGGCCGCACACGCCGCCCGCAUUCCCAAGGACGUCGCCCUGGACGCCAUCUCCCCCAUCCUGUGCGCCGGUAUCACCGUCUACAAGGGCCUGAAGGAGUCUGGUGCCAAGCCCGGCCAGACCGUCUGCAUUGUCGGUGGUGGUGGUGGUCUCGGAUCCAUUGCCCAGCAGUACGCCAAGGCCAUGGGCCUCCGAACAAUCGCCAUCGAUGCCGGUGAGGAGAAGCGAAAGAUGUGCUUGGAGCAACUCGGCUCCUACGCCUUCAUCGACUACUCCACCAGCAAGAACGUCAUCAAGGAUGUCCAGGCCGCCACUGAGGACGGUCUCGGCCCGCACGCCGUCAUCCUCGUCGCCACCAGCGAGAAGCCCUUCCAGCAGGCCGCCGAAUACGUCCGCCCGAGGGGAACUGUUGUGUUCAUCGGUCUCCCGGCCGGUGCCAAGGUGGUCGCCCCCGUCUUCGAGUCCGUCGUGAAGAUGAUCACCAUCCGUGCCUCGUACGUCGGCAACCGCAAGGACAGCUCCGAAGCCAUCGACUUCUUCCGCCGCGGCCUCAUCAAGGCCCCCUUCAAGGUUGUCGGUCUGUCCGAGCUCCAGAAGGUGUACGACCUCAUGCACGAGGCGAAGAUUGCCGGUCGUUACGUCCUCGACACCUCGAAGUAA